UGUUCAGAAUUGAUCAGCAAAUGGAACAUCUUAUAACCAAAGUGACAAAGGGCAGGUGAUAACGAUACGAUUCGUACAGACGAAAGCUGUCACUUUAUAGAGAAGACGUUGACAUCGAAAUGGAAAUAAAAAGAUCCGACUCGGUUCCCGAGGGUAGAAAUGCUACGAUAAAUGUUGCUUCCGUGUUCGAGAAUUUCCCUUGGACCGCUUUGGAACAAAGUUCGAAAGGUGCGAGUAUCAUCAACGUGAUUAAUCAGUUGCUGAGCAUGUACCACCCGGACGAUGGUUUAAUCGCGUACGAACGUGUAUUGAAAACUUUGCUCGUUUUAUCCGAGAACUUGGACAGUGACCUGCAGCAACAGAUCAUUUCCGUGAUACCGCUGCCGAAAGGUGUACCGAACGAUAAGAUAGAAAAUUUAAUAUACAAAAUUACAGAACUGAUCAGAUCAUCUAACGUCUCUUCGUGCGGAGAAGUUAUGACAGGUUCGGAAGACAAGCGUAAUACCGAAGAGAUCCAGAAUAUUUUGAUCGAUUCAUCCCGGAGCUUCGAGUUGAACGAGAAGUUCGUGUCUUCCGCACCCGAGGUGUUCAAAGGUUUUCCUCCCAAUGAGAUCUCGACGGUUCACAGCCAUGUAAGGAACGUGAACUACAUGUACGAUACUUUAAAUUACAAUGUACCAUGCAUGAAGACUUGCGUCGAUGUCAAACAAAACUUUCAUGAACAAGAAGACUCGUUGAAACUCAAAUGGUUUCACAGUCCUCACCUUUUAUGCGAGACUAAUCUUUAUCAAAGCACUAGCGCGGCUAGCUGUCAGCAAGGUUUUGUCAAAUCGAUGGAUGAUAAAUAUUUUCAGUUGUCCAUUGAUAGAUUCAAUAAUUGGAAUCAGUAUAAUGUGACGAACGUACCUCAUCCGCUGCAUCAGGAUGCUACGUGUUUAAGGAAAUUGUAUAAGAAUAAUGUCAUGAUCAGUAAACAGAAUGAAAACGAGCUGACAAAACUAGAAACAACGCGUGACGGUGAAACUUCAAAAAAUGAAACUAAUUGCGAAAUUUUAUACACUGGUAAUGCGAAUCGAGCCUCUAAAAAGUAUAAUAAUGCGACCAAGCACCGAGUUAUUAACGUGGAAGCGCAAGAAUUUUUUGAACAAGAAUUACAAAAUGAGCAACAAGCGAUUCAGCAAGAUAUAUAUAAGAUGGACGUUGUACAUUGCGAGGAGGACGUAAUAAAUACACAAACAUUGAAAGAAGACGAUUCCUUAAUGGACGAUUUUGUCCCGUGUAAGAGGCUUAAAGCGAGCUUGCAAAAUUUUUUAAAUCGUGCGAAACAGGAAAUUCUGAUCGAAUCUCCAAUGUUGCCUCGAACCAAAGUUUCGCAUACAGUGACUCCUGCGACUAAGAGUUGCAAGUUCACGAGUCAAAAGAGUUUGCGGAACAACGAUCGGUUAAAUCUCUCGAACGAUAGUGCAUGUGCCUUUAAAGACGCAACGGAGAGCACAAAAAAAUUGACGGAGAAGAAGACGGCUCCGCGUAAUGUUUAUUCGAAACCUCAAAGACUGCAAGUGCUGCGUAAAAGUUUAAACACGGUACUUAGUAAAUCGCAAACGGUAGAAUGCGGAAAGCUGGAUAACGCAGAGAAUCCGCUGUACAAAUCCGCGGUGGAAGAAACGAAACAAAAGAGUUCGAACGUUUUGCAGCAAACCGCGUCUAUUACAGAGCUGGCUACGUUUAAGAAGCAAUACUACGACACGCUGCUGAACAUCCAAAAAGCCAAAAUGGCAGUAGCAAAUUCUUUGGCCAUGUCAUCUGUGGAGAGUUUCACCAAAUACGACCCGUACUAUUCAGAUCAAUCCUAUCAGCAGCAACAAUUGUUGGAACAUGGUCCGCGAUUCGCGGUUCACACAAUGGCACGCUCGGGAUUGUCAAGUGUACACAAUACUCCGUAUACUUGGGUGAGGUACAACAGUCUGAGACAUCCAACUAUGAAACAAUUAAGACACCCUCAACAGCUCCCGUUUCAAGUGUCGAGGAACAAAGAGUAAGUUUUUUUUUUUUAUCUUUCUACUAGUGCAUUCUGUCCCUUCUCGUAUGUCUCUCGCACCAGACGUGCCACUUUAUCAUUUAAUUUCGUUCCUAUGUCGGAAGGAAUUCUGUUCUGCAUUAUGUAAAAACACUGGACAUUCACUGUUUCACGCAAGACGAAAGCAAACAAAUGAAGCAGGGUGUU